GAAUCCAGUCCGAUCCGCUCCGAAAAUUUUUGUCAUAUUUUUUUUAUCUCGUUUCAGAAAAAUCUAAAAUACCUAUACUAUCCGCUGCAACAAUUAAAGAUCCAAGCCAAGUUAUCAUCAAAAGUUUCAAUUUUCAAAAUCUUCGGAACGUUUAUUUGAUUUUUAUGUAAUCUAAGUUUAAAUUUUCCGUCGUCUUAGCCAUAGAUUGCUCAUACCUGAGCGUUUUCGAGUUGCGAAUUCCGAAAAUUUUGAUCUUUUUGCCAUCGCAAAAACCACAGUUUCUGGCUGUUGCUUUCACGUGUUAGUGGCAUCUCUUUUAGUUCUCAACAAAAAACUCAUAAAAGUUGUAAUUCGGAUUUCUUUCUUUGAUUGAACAAGCUUCGCCUCUAACAAAGGGUGAACGAAGUUUUGAUUUAUCACCCAUCAGCGCCAAAAUGGGAAAGGGGUUCAAUAAUUAUAUGUCCAAGAAGUUCUUCCAUCCUUCGAAUUUGGACAACGUAAAAAGGGUUUGGAUGGCAGAACAGCAGAAAGAAGCGGAGAAGACGAAACAGGACGAAUUAAGGAAACAAUACGAACGCGAACAGGAAUUAUACAACAAUCGUGCGCUGAUUAGUAACGACGAAAAACUCAAGCUGGGUAUUAACUUUAUGUAUGAAUUACCUCCCGGUGCAAAAAGAGAUGAAGAGCGAGACUUGAAUGAGCCAGAAGUGAAGUUUGAAUGGCAAAGAAAAUACCAUGCUCCUCGUGAAAGCUUCGCUGUGGGGAAGGAAGAUGUCCGCGAUCAGCCAUUUGGUAUCGCUGUGCGAAAUGUCCGCUGUAUCAAAUGCCACAAAUGGGGUCACAUCAACACUGACAGAGAGUGCCCGUUAUUCAACAGCGCACCGGUGGUGCCCGAGGAAAAACGGAGGCAGAAUGGGGCUUCGGGGAAAGAUGCUGCCACUGCAACACCUGCCGAGCUCAUGGAAAAGAUGGCAGAAGAAGGGUACAAAUUGAAAGAUUCCGUUGUUGGAUGGAGAAGAAACGACCUGCAGGCUAAAAAUCAGAUUUAUGUGGAGAGCGAGGACGAGGAAAGUGCUGAAAUUGAAUUUUUGAAAUCGCUUACAAAAAAGCAGAAAAAGAAGCUUUUACGGAAGCUGGAAAAAUUGGAAAAGAGCAAUCGUAAAAGAGGUGAUGGAAAAAGCCCUGGCAGUAAUAAGAGCGACAAACACAAUGUGGACCGGAAAAAGAGAAAGGACAGGGUUGACAGUUCGGAUUCUUCGGAUGAUGAUCGGCCAACCUCAAGCGGUAGAGUAGAUAGUCGAAGGCCAUAUGAUGAACACGACACUGCAAAUCGCAAAGAUCGUGAUGGUCGCAGGGUGUCUGAGAGUUUUCGUCAUCGCGAUUCUGAUAAGCCGGUCCAUGGUCAUUCCAGACGGUCACGUACUCGUAGCAAGUCUCCUUCCAGAACUGCACGCCGAGAGCCACCAUCCCGUUCGCCUCGCCGACGCCGCUCACCUGAUACACGACGGUCUCGAAGCAGAUCACGAUCACCCUACACUGCCUACAGCAGGCGCGCUUGAAAAAUCAUUUUUGCAGUAUUGAUUGAUGUAGAAAUAAUCUUUAGCCGUAAUGUGCUUGUAUCUUUUUUGAUUAGGAUAUGGAAAGCCCUUGUAUCAUGUUUACAUAAAACGAAUCAGCUUCUACAAUAUUUUUAUUUUAAAGAAGGUGGAUGAGUCCGGAUGUAUAUGUGUUGUUGUGAAACGUUCAGCAUGUUCCCAGUUUAGUAAAUUGAGUGAUUGGGCGAGACAUUGAUUGUUAUUCGCACCAAACAGAAGAUGGAAAGUGUGACUGGUUAUCUGUAGAUCGAGCGCAUUUUAUUCAUGGUCAACGAAAAGCAAGGAAUGAACUGUUCAUAAUAUCGGUAAAACGUUGAUUAACUCAAUAAAGAAUUUCCGAUCCGAUGUAGAAAUAAGAAGCA